GUAGGUUACAUGAUUUAACUCUCGGAAGUGAGGAAGGAUGCUAUAGCAGGACUCUUAAUGAGCAAAGGCCAAUGCAGAAAAGUGUAUGAAAUCCUUGAUGUGUUGCUCUACAGCUUUGCUAUCCUACCAGGGCUUAGAGAUGAACAGAACAGAGCAUUAUUGAUAUUUCCUGUCCCUGAUAAGGACACCCUUCCUUCCUACGACGAGUUAGUCUCCGUCUGCAACUACCUUCUAUCAGUACCAAAGAAAAGUGUACAGAACAGAGGAGCCGUGGUGAUUGUUGAUGCAUCUGAUGAUAACAGGGAACGCCUGUCUGAUAUCUACAAACUGUUGCAACAACUUCAGGCUGAUUCUCCUGGGUCUCUGGCAGUCAUUCACCUGACAACAGCACUGAGAUCUAAAAAGGAUGCUGCAGCUUAUUUCAGAAAGAUAAUCCCCAGCCUUGAUAUUGAGGUGCAUUGUAAUACAGUUGAAGAGUUAUUAAAGAUAAUCCCUGCUUCCUCCCUUCCCUCGGUUAUUGGUGGACAAGUCCCUUACAACAACGACACUUGGGUCAAAUUCAGAUGUAAUGUUGAACCCUUCCUAUCGGAUUGUAAGUCCAUGGGGAAAAGACUCGAGGACUUAGUGCGCCCCCUGAUAGAUGUCGAGAGUGUAAUUAUAGACACGUGCGAUGUGAAUGUAGUAUUAGAGAAGUACAGGGACCUAGCUGCAGCUACAAUGAGAAAUCUCAAGAUACAGUCGCUCUUGGACGAGGGUCACUUGUUGAUAGAGCGGUACAGUGCAGCAGCAGGAGACUACCCAGACAUGAAGGACACGCUAACCAGUAUAUCAGACGCGCUAGCACAACUUGACACUCUCCAGAGUAAGGUAGACGCGCUCGCAGAGAAGGGACAGAGCCGUGCGCAUAGUAUGGCGCUUUACACCAAGUUCAAACGCAAUACUGAUCAGUUGCUACAAGAAGUACACCAGUUAACAAACCAAAUAUCUGAUUUAUCGGAGGAGGGCUUGUAUGACGUCACUACUGUACAAAGUAAACAAACUACUCUUGAUAAAUUACUCCUCUCCGCACAGACGGCAGAGAUAAGUGCAAAGAGAUGUAUAACUGAGGGGCUGAGUGACGUUGAAGACAGUAACAAAAUAAAAGAUGCGGAGAAGGAUGUAAAAGUUCUGAAAAAAGCUUUAGAAACUCUGACGGAAACGAAGAGUAAAAAGAAAGAGAAAUUUGAUGAAAUACUAUCUUUUCACCAACUAGUCGAAGAGUGCAUGUCAUGGUUCUUCUCGGGAUUACAGAAGUUCACAGCUCAACCAGUACAGAGAUGUAAUACGUUGGAUGGGAUCUGUGAUUUGGAAAGGGAACUGGACAGACAUUUGACGAGAUGUCCCAUCGAGGGUUACGAUGUUCUAGAACAAUAUAGCAGGAAGAUUGCUACAAAACCAGUUAUAUCUCGGGUCAAAAUGAUCAAAACUAAGUUCGCUCUAUUCGAGAAGAUCAUAAUUGAAAGACAAGAGUAUUUAAGAAAACUGAAAAACGCCCUGCUGUUGAAAAAGCCAAGCAACAAUGAUCUAGAUGUUGAGAAAAGUACUUUUACCGGACUUACUCGUGGGAAUCCCGACAAAGUGUUACAGUACACACAAGGGACCCAGUUCGACCUUAUCGACGUGUUUGGGUGUAUUCGUAACUCUGGAGUACAAACAGAUCUAGCUUGUGUUUGUAGUUCUGAUAGAUUGAGAAACCUCUCCUCCAGAAUUAGUCUCAUAGAACAGAGACUCAACUUGCAGGACAGAUCAAAAAAUAUCCCAAAUAAUGCAAAUAUAAACGAACAACUGAGACUUAUACUCAGGAGACUAAACAUCAUUGAGAACUGUUUAAAACGAAUCAGAUUCUCCUCGUUAUACGACACGUUUUACGAGCAUCCCAAACUGAGCAGAAAGAACAGUUCGGACUUGUUACUAGACCUCCAAAACACCUCACUUCAAGACAGCGGAUUCGGGAGUCGUCCUCCAACCGAGCAGACGAGGAGACCUGACACCAUCCUCACCCCUCCCACUCUCACCUCUUCCAGUGUAAUAUCACCUGGUUCAACAACACCAUCGAAUGGUGGCAUGUCACCUGUGGUCAUGUCACCUUCCCUUCUGCUCUCUCCUCAAUCUCAACCAGAGUUUGACUCUCCAGAAGGGAGGUCUAGAUUCAGUGGUUUCUCCACCCCCACUUCAAGAAGCAGUUCCAGAGGUCAGAUGGCUAGUCCACUUUCUCCUGGGCUAUUAGCUCAUUCUUCAGAUGAUUUGUUUAAUGAUAGACUCGCUGAGAUUGAGAGGUUGUUGAUAGAUAUUGAGUGUCAGAUUCAGCACGAUCUCAAGGUCGACGGAGAAACUCAGACUGGAGAAUCAGCCUCAGACCCGUUAUCUGACUCGUCCUCCCAAACUGAAACCGAAAGUGAAACUGAAAGUGUAGGAACUCAGCACGAAACAGAAAGCAUCUGUUCAGCGACACAAGUAAAACCAGAUUCCUCGCACGUGAGCACGGAUACAGGUAUUGUUCACGUGACCUCCUCGUCUCAGAGUGACCCCCUGAAUCAGAUAGCUCAACACUCCCAAACUCCUCACCUCUCAGUCAGACAUGUUCCCUCACAGCACGUCUCCACUGCUGUCUCCACUGCAAUGCAGCAUCGUAGUCCUGGUACAGAGAUGGGGGUGCAAAACUGUCCUGUUCACCAAGACUCCGCCACCCAACACACCCUCACUUUCUCUCAGACCAGCUCACAGACCCAUCGUCCUGAGACGACCUCCUCAGAAUCUCAGUUCGACUCAGACUCAUCUGAGUGUUCCGCACAGACCGACAUGAUAGGUCUGUUCCCCGCUUCAGUUCAGACUGAUACACAGCACUUUGCCUCCCAGUUCUCACAAACAGAAACAGGUUCUAGUGAAGUUGGUGUUAGUGUUUCUCCAGAACUCUCUGAUCAGUCAGUAGAAGCAGAUAUCAGACCUAGUGAGGACAAGGAGACUUCAGCUGAUAUCAAGGACAAUAACCACAAGGAAGUUGAGGCUGAUAUCAAGUCGGGGCAUCAUAAGAGUGUGAGUGCAAUUAUACAGAUGAGAACUCAGAGUACUGCUGCUGCUAUCACUAAAAUGUUCAAUAAAUCCAGUAAUACUGUCAACAAACGCUUUAAACAGAUGGAAGUACAAACAGUUCGUUCGGAAGAGGAUAUCAGCGUGGACACGAUGGAGCUAAUUGAAGUAGACUCCAUAGCAACAGAUACUGAAAACCUAAUAUUCCUCCACGAGGAGUGCUCUCAGACUCUGCUCUUUGAAACUAUGUUCCUUAACACUCCUAGUCAGACGGAUGUGACAGAGACUCUGAUGUCGGGCUCCUUGACUCAGUCUAAUAUCAGUCAGGAGACGCAAACAUCUGACGAUCAUCUUAUUGAGACAGACUCAGCACCCAAAGAACACUCAGCGGCCACUAACAAACGGAAACUGAAACGCCCGGUUUACAACCUUGCCUCAAGAUCCGAACCUCACAUGAACUUCAAGGAUGUUUCUUACAUCAAGAACAAAACCCACCAACUCAGGGUUGCUAAGAUUCAGAAGAGUAAGGAAGAAGAGGCUGCUAAGGCUAUAAAACCAGCAAAGCGCGUUUAUCGGAGCAAAGAAGAUAUCAGAAAAAGUAAAGAAGACGUAAGGAAAAGUAAGGAAGAUUUAAGGAAGACGAGGAGUAAAGACGACGUGAGGAGGACAAAGAGCAAGGAUGACGUGAGGAAGAAUAAAGUAGAAGGGACGAUAAGACAAGAAGAAGUUGUUGUAGAAGAUGAGAGAUGUACUUGUGCCGAACAAGAGAAACUUAUCAUGUCCUCCGCAAGCAUUUCCACUAAAUCGAUAGAAGGGGAAGAAAGUGAAAGAGGAAGUGAAAGAGGAAGUGAAAGAGAAAGUGAAAGAGUAAGAGCAACGGACUCCGAGGAAGAAGAGUUAACGGAUCACGAGGACGUGGAACAGGACUGGUCCACAUCUAGCUACAUAUUCCCUACAGAACAACUUCCUACCCCCAUUUCAGAGAGACCUGGUCAAGACAAGUUCGUUGUACAGGACUCCAUACCUAAGAAGCUGCGGUAUGUGAUACAAGAGAUGCUGACGACGGAGGAGAAAUAUGUAGAGGACUUGAAGCACACAGUUGAGGGUUACAUGGACCCACUGAUACAGAACCCGGACCCUGAAAUCAACGUGCUCGCUGAGAGUAUCUUCCAGUACUUCGGACAGAUAUACAGUUUUCACUUCCAGACCUUCAAAGACUCUCUGAUUACAGCAGGAACUUCGCAGUCGCCCCUCAAGGAUAUUGCUACCACUUUUAUCAGGCACGAACAAGAGCUAGAAGUGUAUUUAUCUUUUAUGGUUCACGAGAGACGCGCGCACACGAUAGUAGAGCAACAUCACGAAGGAGUAAUCUCAGAGUUGGAGAGGAAACUGGACGAUAAGCUCGGUUUAACAGCGUUAAUAAUAAAACCUACCCAGAGGAUGGUAAAAUAUAAGCAGUUCCUCGACAUCAUGCUGGCUGGCACUGAGGAUUUUGAAGUGCUAGAAGAAGUAACCGACGCCCAAACUCUAGUGACGAACAUUCUCACCACAAGUAACGAUCUCUGUCAUCUCCAAGCUUUAGAUCUACCUCCUGACGUUUCUCACGAGGCAACUGGAGAGUUACUGAGACAAAGUGAUUUCCACGUGUCAGUUAAUAACAAACAGAAGAGGGUCAGACGAGUAUUCCUCUUCGAGAACCUCAUUGUCUUCUCAAAAGAAGUAACCAGCUCAGAAGACACGGAGCUGAAGUACCGCACUAAACACGUGGUCGGACUGCACGAGAUAGGACUCACCCCUUAUAUCUCAGAGGAACCUAACAAGUGUCACAUCUGGACUCCAGAGAUGACACUGACGAUGUAUUCAGCAAGUCCUGACGAUGCAGAGUCCUGGUCUAAGAGCAUCAGUAAUAUUCUGUGGGGUCAGUUAAAACAGAUAAAAAGAGAUCGGGACAUGUCAAGGAUGAGAAAAACCAGGGGUGCUGUGAGAAGUAGGGGUGCUCUACCAAGAAAUAGAAGGUAGAGGCGUUAUUCCUAGAAGGAAGAGGCGCCCAAAGGGGUGAAGCAAUAACCUUGUGCUCUGAAGACGAGUUUUAAAAAGGACAUUUUUUUGAGUCUUUUCAGAGAUUAUGAUUCUGGAUUCAGAUCUCAUUAGAGAUGGUGCAGCUCCAGACUGGACAGUGCUUGGUUCAAUAAUCUAGCCGGUUUCAGUCCCUGGCCGUCUCUCAGCUCAUGUUAGUUCAGAUCUUAGAUUUCCAGACGUCAGAUUUUUAUUUUUAUAUCACAAAUUUACGAGAGCAGAUAUUUUAUUUUGACGGUUUAACAGAUGUAUAUU